GGAAAUGAAGACAUAUCAUCUAGUAGAUUUGCAGAUAAUGAGGAGUUGCGUUAUUCUCUGAGAUCUCUGGAAAAACAUGCACCAUGGAUUCAUCAUGUUUAUAUAGUUACAAAUGGACAGAUUCCCCAUUGGUUAAAUCUUGAUAAUCCUAGAAUAUCUAUUAUCACACAUGAGGAAAUUUUUCCAAAUAAAAGUCAUCUCCCAACUUUUAGUUCUCCUGCGAUCGAGACACAUCUUCAUCGAAUACCAGGACUUUCAAAAAAGUUUUUAUAUUUAAACGAUGAUGUAAUGUUUGGAAAAGAUGUUUGGCCUGAAGAUUUUUAUACUCAUACUAAAGGACAAAAGAUUUAUUUGUCUUGGCCUGUUCCUGAUUGUGCAGAAGGUUGUCCACCUGCUUGGAUUCGUGAUGGUUACUGUGAUAAACCUUGUAAUAAUUCUGAAUGUCAGUGGGAUGGAGGCGAUUGUACAGGUGAUAAAGUACAGAUUGCAUAUCCUCAUCAUUUUGGACAUGAUAAUUCAUUUAGAUAUGGCACUGGAUUUUUAGAUGAUAGUGAUAAAGCUCUCUGUAAUCAGAAUUGUGUUAAUGCUUGGUUGGCAGACAGAUAUUGUGAUCAGGCAUGUAAUGUAUAUACUUGUGCAUUUGAUGCGGGUGAUUGUGGAACUUCUAACUUUCAUCAUUUAUUUGGUAUAAUGUUAAUGAAUGAAAAAACUCACUACGUUAUUCCUAAAGGUGAAAUUUUUGUGUACUUCAACCUUUCCAAUCUUUUAAGUGAUAACGAAACUAUUUCUGAAGGAAAUUAUGAACAUUCUCCAGUUGUUAGAGUUAUGGCUAUUUCAUUGAAAUAUCAAGUUCUUACUGUAGUUCUUUACCCAAAUUACAAUACCACCAAUUUGACUGUAACAAUUAAAGGAGAGAGAUUACAAAAAGCAUUUCAGUUUACUUUUUGGCUGGAAGUAAAUACAUAUCCUUUAAUUAUAAAGAAAGAAAAAGAAGAAACAUUAAGUACUACAAUGAAAACUAAAAGUUUUACUGUAGAAGAAUUUUCUCCUGAAUUAAGACAACCAAAAAUUCUCCAUAUAUCAGAAAUUGUGCCUGACUUAAAUAUUGACAAUGUGAAUACAUCUGAUUUACCUUCAGAUAUUUCUGAAAAUAUUAAAGCUCUUGAGAAAUCAUUAUCAGAAGGUCUAAUUACAGAAAAAGGCUUUCAAAGGAAGAAACAAUUACUUUUAAUGAAAUUCUUUGAAAAGAAUAGAAUAAAUCAAACAAAUUCAGUUGGAUUACAAAAAGAAUCUCAGAAAUUUAAACAAAAAUCCACUCAAGUUAGAAAAGAAAAGGAAAAAUUAAUAUCAUUUUUUAACAAUAAACAUAAAGAAAAAAUUUAUCAAAAAUUAAAUAGUACUAAAACUUUAAGACAGUUAAAAGGUUUAGUACAACCUGAAUCGGUAAUUUUCCAUAAUGGAAAAUUUCCAUGGGAGAAACAAAAUACAUUUAGUAAAUUACAAAAGUUGUUAGAUCAGAAACGUUCUUCAGAUAGUUAUAAUGUUGAAUCCAUUAAAAGAAGGAAAUUACUAGACACAUUUGGAGAUUCGUUACGUCAUGUGAAUAAAUUAUAUAAUGAAGCAUUCGGAUUUGAAACUCGAAAAGUGCCUGCUCAUAUUGCUCAUUUUAUUGAUGUUGAUGUGAUGAAAAGAGUGCAAGAAAAGACUUGGUCGGAUAGAGAAAUAAGGACCGUUUUAACUAGACUUCAUGAUUUACCCCUAGAAUUCUCUGUUAUUCAUGAAUUUGAAGAAAACAUUAUUAAUUGUUCAAAACAAUUUGCAAAAAAUUACAAUUAUGCUGUUCCGACUCCACCAUACGAACGUUAUUAUGAUUCAAAUCUGCCUACGGUAUCUAAGCCACUUGUUCUUGCAUGUAAACCUAUAACUGAUAUGUUAAAACAGUAUUUUGGUACAAGAAAAGCAAAUAGAGUUGAAUUAUUAGGAGAAGAAGAAGUAGCUUUCAAAAUGAUCCAUACAAAUUUAUCCCAAGUUUUAGGACAGUUAGAUGAUAUCCGUAAAAAUCCUAAAAAAUUUAUUUGUUUGAACGACAAUAUUAAACAUGGUACUAAAGAUGCCGAAAUAGUGCGUGCAGUUCUACAAGAUUUUUAUGAAUCAUUAUUUCCCAUCAGGACUCAGUUUGAAUUACCUCCAGACUAUCGUAAUCGUUUCUUGCAUAUUAAGGAAUUAAAGGAAUGGCAGAAAUUUAGAGAUUUAAUUCGUUUUGCUACGUAUUUGUGUUUAGCCUUGCUUAUUAUUUUCUCGGUUGCAUCGUUUUGUUCAUCAGAGGUUCGUCAGUUCGAUUCUGGAAUGAAACGCUCCUUGCGAAGUUCACAGAGAAAGUCUGAUACAAUGGAUGUAUAAUUGUUAAAUUUCUAGUCACAAAUUGUUUUAAUGUAUAACUUUUUUACAUAAUUACUGUAUAUUUACUCCAUGCAUUUAUAUAACUUAAGAUCAUAUAUUUUUAAUUUAAGGAAUA